AUGGCUAUUUCUCACGAAUACUCCCUUAGAGGAACAUCGCAAAGCGCGAUGACUCUUGAGGACAGAUUCGAGGUGAUCAAAGAAGUUGGAGAUGGCUCUUUUGGUAGUGUUGUGCUUGCCCGAGUACGUACUGCCGGUUCCAACGUCGCUCGUCGUGGAACUAUGGUUGCUAUCAAGACUAUGAAGAAGACAUUCGAGUCCUUUGCUCCCUGUCUGGAACUCCGGGAAGUCGUCUUUCUUCGAACACUUCCCCAUCACACUCACAUCGUCCCCGCCCUUGACAUUUUCCUUGAUCCGCUAAGCAAGAAGUUGCAUAUUUGUAUGGAGUACAUGGAUGGCAACCUCUACCAACUGAUGAAGGCAAGAGACCACAAGUAUCUUGAAGGCAAACACGUCAAAAGCAUACUCUACCAGAUCUUGUCGGGCCUCGACCACAUCCACGCCCACGAUUUUUUCCACCGUGAUAUCAAGCCAGAGAACAUUCUGGUCUCGACAUCCGCUCCGAAUGAUUCAACCUUCAGUCGGUAUUCGAAUCUUGUCACCCCUCCUUCUACGCCACCCACCUAUACCGUCAAGAUUGCCGAUUUUGGCCUUGCGCGUGAAACACACUCGAAGUCACCAUACACAACAUAUGUUUCGACCCGGUGGUACCGUGCCCCAGAGGUUUUGUUGCGUGCUGGUGAAUAUUCAGCUCCUGUUGAUAUAUGGGCCGUGGGUGCAAUGGCAGUCGAAAUCGCUACUUUGAAGCCAUUGUUUCCUGGUGUCAAUGAAGUCGAUCAAGUAUGGCGUAUUUGUGAGAUUAUGGGUAGCCCCGGUAACUGGUACACGAAGUCAGGGGCCAAGGUCGGCGGCGGUGAAUGGCGUGAGGGUAACAAACUGGCGCAGAAGCUUGGCUUCACUUUCCCAAAGAUGGCACCUCACUCUAUGUCAAGCAUUCUACAAGGCCCUCACUGGCCGCAAGCGUUGAGCAACUUCGUGACAUGGUGCUUGAUGUGGGACCCCCGUAAUAGACCAACCUCUACUCAAGCCCUUGAGCACGAGUAUUUCGCCGACGCGGUUGAUCCACUGCGACCAAAGUCAUCAACCUCAAGACUCCUGGGCCGCAAGAUGUCAGAAAAGAGCUUCAAACCAAACACCAAAGAGGUCAUUGAAUCUCCUACAUUGUCAUCAAAACCUUCGUGGUUCCGACGGUCAUUGGUGAUGCGAACCGAUAGCCCUGCUCCCAUGGUAGAACCAGAAACAUCAGCACGACCAGCAGUUGUAUCCUACAAUACUCUUCCCGAGGUACAGGCCCCUAAGGGUCGUUCAGCCAAGCGAGCUACAUGGGCCAAUGGUGCACCAAUGCCGAUUCUUCCCUCCAUCAGACCAGUCUCACCUCUUUCGAAUGCCGUCACUGCUCAGGCCAAUAGCAGCAGCGUAGCUCAUCUAACCGCCGCUCAACAAGCCGAUGCUGGGAAAUCAAAGAAGAUUGGUCGUCAGCUUUCUGUCAAUUCGAAUGGCAACCACUACGCGGAUAUUCAUAGACAGGAGGCAGAGCGUGCACUGAACGGAAUUAGUGGAGGCACAAAUGCUACAAUGCAGAAGGAAAGCUUCUUUUCUCAUCUCCGCAAGCGUGCGCGAAGAUUGUCGGGCCGCAACCAAGCUGCCGCAGCAGCCAACUAUGACGUGGAAGCCAACGUUGGAUGUUCACCGUGGCCUAACCGCUCGUCGGUCGUCUUGGAUUCAAACAUCGUCGAUGCAAAAAGUGGCGAGUUCACCGAUAUCGAGAAGACCCUUCAGAGUGUGAAAUAUGGCUUGUCUACAGAAAAUCCCCCACCCCAGCUGACCUCAGUCCCUAACCAAACGCCUUCAAAGCGGCAAUCAGUUCCACAAGUGCCUAUGCGCUCGAUGACUGAGAGCCCAACUCCAAGUGUUGGUGGACCAAUCUCUAGCCGAACUCGCAGAGCUCUGCAAAUGACAUCCCAUCCAGUUCACCGUUACGAAACCCCUGAGGAGGAAGAUGAGUUGCUGGACGAGGUUCUUCAUUCGGCCGAUAAGGCUGCGAGACACCUUGCACAGGAUUACGAUGAUGAGUCAGAGAAUCGCCUUUCCAAUAUGAUCAAUGAGUCGACGCGUACCCUGAACCCUUAUCCUACUCCUUCGCCAUCGGCAAAACGUGACGGAGUCUCGUUCGGAGAGUAUGAGGGCACGCCUGUCAAACCAGGAGAAAUUUCGAAGAUGAAGGGAGAGACCUCUAACCGACAGUGGCCGACUCCCCCAUACGGAGAACAAGAGUGGGCUAGCACCGUUGCCAACAGCAUUCUGUCUGGGUCUACGUACAGAUAG